AUGGCCACCCCAAAUUUCAUAGCCUAUAAUUCUGCUUCAUUUGCCACUCAUGGAUGUAAGCAUCCCUGGGGAAGCAUAGAUCUUCUAUGCUACUUCUGGGGGAAGCGUAGAAACCUUUCCCUGUGUUUUAGAGCCUCGUUAAACUGUCUCCUUUCACCACUUUACAGCGCAGGCGAACCAGAGGCACAAACCAGUGCAAACUCUCUCUCUCUCUCUCUUACCAUAUAUUCCUAUACAACCAUGAAGGUCCCAAUGGGUCCUCCCCCUCCAAAAUCCCCUAAUCCUGAGAAGUUCAAUGAAACCUCCCGCCAUUCAAAAGACCCACAAAAAUGCUAUGAGGUGCAUAUAUCAGAAUCAGAUGUUAAACCCUCUGAAAGCCCCAAUUCAAUGGAACCAUGCUCGCAUUUGGAUCCUAAGCCCACUGAAACCCCUAAUUCGAUUGAGCCAAUUCCAGAAACGGCAUGUAAACCAAUUGAGAUCUCGAGUUCCAUUGAUACAGGCUCAGGAAUGGCUGAGAAACCGUCUGAAGACUCUAAUUCUAUCAACCCAGUUCCAAAAAUGGAUGGGAAAUCAGUAGAGAACUCUGAUUCCGUGAAACCAACUUCAGUUUUAGAUGAGAAACCUUCUGAACCCGCUAGUUCUAUAAAACCAGUUCUAGAAAUUGGUGUAAAGAGCUCUGAAAUCACUAGGUCUACACAACUGUCUCAGGCCCAGGUUGCUCCAUAUGCAAUUCCACCUUGGAGUGAACCUCCUGGGCAGCCUUACUUCCUGGAAGUGCUCAAAGAUGGGUCAAUCAUCGACAACUUUGAUGUGUCAGGAAAAGGGGCAUACAUGUUUGGGAGGGUAAAUCAAUGCGACUUCAUUUUGGAGCACCCUACUAUUUCCCGAUUUCAUGCUGUUCUUCAGUAUAGGGAGAAUGGCGAAGCAUUUGUUUAUGAUCUUGGCAGUACUCAUGGCACUUUCAUCAAUAAGAUUCAGUUAAAGCCGAAGGUAUAUAAAGAACUGCAUGUUGGUGAUGUACUUCGAUUUGGGCUUUCUUCUCGUCUCUACAUCUUUCAAGGACCAAUAGAGUUGAUGCCCCUGGAAAGUGACCUACAUAGGUUGAGAGAGAGUAAGAUGCAGCGGGAUUUGCAAGAUCGUGAGGCCUCAAUCUUACGUGCUAAAGCAGAUGCUGCCAUGGCUGAUGGUAUCCAAUGGGGUAUGAUGGAGGAUGCAAUUGAAGAAGCUUCAGAGGAUAAUGCUGAUGAAAUAACAUGGCAAACAUACAAAGGACAACUUACAGAGAAGCAGGCAAAGACACGUGACAAAGUCGUCAAGAGAUAUGAAAAGAUUGCUCAUAUGAAGAAGGAGAUAGACUCCAUUCAGGCGAAGGAGAUUGCUCAAGGUGGGUUGACACAGGGCCAACAAACUCAGAUUGCUCGCAAUGAGCAAAGAAUAUCACAGAUUAUGGAGGAAAUCGAGAGUCUAGAAGAGACUCUCAAUGAGAGUAUCCAAGAAAGCAUAGGUGCUCAUGCUGGGAAAACUCCCUACCACAAAAAGAAAGGGACUAAUGAAGAUGAAGAAGAAGUGGAGAGUGAUGAUGAUGAAUUCUACGAUCGAACAAAGAAGCCUUCGAUUCAUAAUACAGGUUGUGAGAAGUCAUCAGUUGAAACAGCUGAUACAUUGCUUGAUAAGAAAGAGACCAUCACCAGCAAGAUAGAGAACUUGAAGAAUUUGAUUCUCAAAGAGGAGAAGAAAGAGGUGGCAAAGAAUGAAGGUGACACUGAAGGGGGAGACGCCCUUGAUGCAUACAUGACUGGAGUAUCAAGCCAAUUAGUAUUAGAUAAAACCACUCAGCUUCAAAAGGAACUGAGCAUCCUCCAAUCUGAACUCGACAGGGUUCUCUACUUGUUGAAGAUUGCAGAUCCCACGGGUGAGGCCACCAAGAAACGACAAUCCAAACCACAACCAACAAAGUCUGCCCAACUAAAUAUUAACAAGCGACUAAAUGUUAACAAAAAACUUCAACCAGAACCAAAUAGACAAUCGGCAUUGGAGAAACCCAUGAAUGGGUCCCUCAAGGAAGAAAAAAUGAGCAAGGAAGAAAUGCCUCUUGAAACCCAAAUCACAGAACCCAACGAAAAUAAUCCAAAACUCAGUAAAGAGCCAGAAACUGAAGGAUCUCAACACAUAAAACCAAAACAUCAAUGGUUGGGUGCUGCCCUAGAAACCAAACCAGAAAUCAGCUUAGCACAGGAUCCAUCCUUAAGUGCAGAAGAGUCAAGCCAGUUUGUUGAUUAUAAGGACAGGAAAAAAGCACUUGUCGCUCUAGAAAAAGCAAAGAUAAAAGGUGAUUCCACUAUUGAAGAUGCAGCUCCUGGUCUAAUAAUAAGGAAAAGGAAGCCGGAUGAUGAACAAGGUUGUGAGGUGGGGGCCUCACCUGAAGUCUCGAAGGCAGAGGUUAAUGCCGCAGAUGCAGUGGCUCUACUAUUGAAACACACACGAGGGUAUUUUGCUUCAGAGGAUGCCAUAGAAACAAGGGAAGAAGGAAGUAAGGUAAGGAGCCAAUCUCUCAAAGAAGAUCAGAGGAAGUCCAGGAGGAAGAUGGGGCCUGAGAAACCAGCAUUUCUUGAGGAUAAUGGUGUGGAUUCUGAAGCAUGGGUACCUCCUCAAGGGCAAACAGGUGAUGGUCGCACCUCUCUGAAUGAUCGUUAUGGUUACUGAAAGCGUUUUGCUCUUUAUGGCUAAUACCGUUAUAUGCUAACCCCCACAUGGUCUCUUCAGAAGACUGAAAAGGUUCCAGUCAUAUGUCUGGUCAAUUUUAGGCCAUACACACUAAUGUUCUAUUUAGAAGGCCUAAUCUGUAAUAUAGUUUGUACUUGUAGCCUCGUCUUGGUUUGAAAGCUUGCAACCUGUUUGGUUCUAAUGAUGCCAAAGGUUUGUAUGGUCCAGUCCUGUGCCUUCAUACAUCUUUCGUGCUUCUACUCAGGUAAGCAAGUCCCUCAAAUCAGGAAUCAUCUUGAAUCCAAUAGGAGCUAUGCAGCCCAUUCUAGUCUGAUCUGGUUCUGAUAUACUAUCGAUUAGUAAAAGGAAUAUCUUUUGUUGAGCAA